GAAUUUUAUGGAAUGAGUGSAAAAAGAAAAAUUGAUGCAAUCAAGAAUUAGAUUGUUGCAUCAUGCGCCUCCAAAACUGAUCUCAGAGUUUUUUGCUAUCAUUCUACCCUUSGACCGAAUUUCUCCCAGAAGCCAUUCAGAAUUUUCAAGGACCUUCAACAUUUUUCAUGAAUCAUUUUAAUUACUGAAAAUUCUGAAAAUAAUGACCAUACUGCUCAAGUUUUCAAGUUCUCACCCGCGGUGCGGCCUGCAACAUCACCUAUGUCCUUGUGUGCAUCAGUCCAGGCUGUGUGAAAGCGGCCUGGCAUGUCAGUGCGCUCAUACGUAUGACCUCCAAAGAAGUCACGCUGCGCUUGCGUCAAAGAAGCAGGAAGACGCUCACGGCGGUAUGUGUCAAAAUACAUUAGAGAGCCACACAAAGAGGGGCAGGCAAUCCCGCUUGUAGCGCAAAGGGCAACAGUGCGUCUCCACGCAGGCUCAGCGUCGAUGAUCUCUUUUGCAAAGCCGGGAUCAAUCAUCAAGUUUUGAAGGUCUGGAUUCGUACUGAAGGCCAUUUGGAUGUUGUCCAAAAGCUUUGCGCGAAUUAUGCACCCGCCCAUCCACAGACGAGCACAUUCGGCAAGAUCAACACCCCAUUGAAAUUCAUUGGAGGCAGCCUUGAUCAAGCUCAAGCCCUGUGCAUAGGAGCAAAUCUUGGAUGCGAAGAGUGCCGAUCUCAAGUCCGCAAUAACUUGAUCUUUGUCAACUGCAUUUAUCAUUGGAGAUCCAAAAAUCUUCGAUGCGGCAACCCGUUCGUCCUUCCUGGCACUCAGCACUCGCGAAUCUAAGGCAGCAACUAUUGUUGGUGCAGCGACCGCACGUUCGGCCGAUUCUUUUGCUGUCCAUAGACCUGUUCCUUUCAUACCGGUUUUGUCGAGAAUGCUAUCAACAAGGUAACCGUUAGUCGUGUCRUCUUUUUUGCGCAGGCAAAUUUCUGAUAUCUCGAUUAGAUAGGAGUCUAGCUCGCCCUUAUUCCACUCAGCAAAUACGUCGGCAAUCUCAUCGUUGUUCAUGCUCAAUAAAGUCUUCAUCACAUCGUAAACUUCCGCAAUGAGCUGCAUAUCACCGUAUUCAAUACCAUUGUGCACCAUCUUGACGUAAUUGCCACUACCAACUGGUCCCAAAUAGCCAACACAAGCUCCUGUCCUCUCAACUUGAGCAGCGCAUUUUUCGAAAAUGGGUGCGACCAAUUCGUACGCUUGUUUAGGGCCGCCUGGCAUCAAUGCAGGUCCAUUUCGAGCGCCCUCUUCUCCUCCAGAGAUACCCAUUCCAAUGAACUGAAUGCCCUUAUUCAACAAUUCAGUUGAGCGUCUUACGCUGUUCGGGUACCAUUCAUUACCACCAUCAAUAAGUAUGUCUCCAGGCUCCAUAAAUGCAGAUAGCUUUUUGAUUGUUUCAUCAACAGGCUUGCCUGCCUGGACCAAAAUUAUAACCUUGCGAGGCUUGCUAAGGCGGGCAAUAAAUUCUUCUGCACUCAUGGCUCCUACCAGAGGAAAGUCGCCUUCCAAUUUGGCACGUGCAACCGUAGUAUCGACCUUUGCUGGAGAACGAUUACCGACACAUACUUUAAAGCCGUGAGAUGCCAUGUUCAGGGCAAAAUUCUGACCCAUCACCGCCAAACCCCACAAUCCAAUUUCAGAUUUUUCAUCAUCGGAAAAGUCGAAUUUUGAUUUUCCAUGAGCGCCAGAUACAGCCUUUGCUUUCCCGCUGGAGUCAUUAUAAACAUAAGCAUCGUUCCUAGUGAAUCCUAAGGUGGCAAUGAACUCGUCUGCUUCAAUCGGCCCACGAGAGCCUAAAAUAUGAAGAACAAAAAACAAACAAACUUAGCACAAAGAAUUCCGUGGGAGAAGAGUUUUGGUUCACGACAAAGAUCUUGGAACACUUACCCUGUAGGUACUUAAUUGGACGAACGUUGGUUUCCUCGAUCUGGUGAAGGAUUGGAGUAAAUAUCUUCCAAGCACGCCGAAGCUCGUCGUCGCGAACGAAGGCACCUUGAUUACCUUGCAAUACAUCGAGAAUCAGACGAGUAUAAGCAUCCGGAUUGCACAUUUUGUUGUUGGCAAAGAAACGAGUGUCGUAGUUGAGCUCCAUUUCUGUUUGAAGCGGUUGACUCGUAAACCCGGGGCGCUUCACAUUUGUCUUCACAUAAAUUGCUUCCUUUGGCUGCAAUCGAAGUACGAUUUCGUUACGAGGGCAAUCGUGACCUUCAAAUAAAUAUUCAGCAGCAGGAGCAUCCUUUAAUUGAAUUCGCAUCUCUGCCUUGCGCUCGUUGAGUGCCUUACCAGCCUUUAAAAUAAUUGGUACCCCAGCCCAUCGAGGAUUGUUGAUUCUCAUUCGAAUACAGGCAAAGGUAGGUGUGUUUGUGUCCUUGUUUGUAAUGGUUGGAUCGUCUUCGUAUCCUUCGUACUGGCCCAGAAUACAAUCCUCAAGUUUGAUAGGUGGGAUGGAAUUCAAGACRUGGACCUUUGCGUCGCGAAUAGCAUUGCCGGCCUCGGGGCCAUGGGCCACAGUCGGAGGCUCACAGCACAAGAGAGUCAAAACUUGYAACAAGUGAUUUUGCAAUAUGUCACGAAUGAUACCGUUCCUUUAUCGAUGAUAGCAUAAAUAGAAAAUGAAGUGGAAUUUCGUUAGUUUUUGUCUUCCGCGAAAGGCAUUUUGCUUUGUAAAUUUGUCAACUUACUGGUCGAAAUACCCUCCUCUUCCRUCGGUACCGAAAGGUUCUUUGAAUGUGAGAAUCACCAUCUUGACAUUGUCAGCAUUCCAAAUACGUUCUGUCCAUACAUUAGAAAAACGAAUCACAGUCAGAUUUUGAACCAUUUCUUUUCCAAGAUAAUGGUCAAUUCGGUACAUGUGAUCUUCGGUGAAYUGAGAGCUCAGGGUCUUGUUCAGCUCCUCAAAUGUGUCUAAAUCCCGUCCAAAUGGUUUCUCCACAAUCAAACGAGUAAAGCCUUUUUCCUCGUCYUGCAUACUAGUCGUCUUGAUCGCAAGUGCAGUUUCGGCAAAGACAGAGGGAGGAAUGGCAAAAUAGAAAAGUCGAUUGAAUGCUUUCAAAGAAGACUUGGAGCUUUCGAAUAUUUCGAURCUAUUCUUGAGCUUCUCCCAGGCCUCAAGAUCACCAUAGGAACUUCCCUGUUGGUAACAAAUAAUGGACAAAAA